CCCGCCCCUCGUUCCCCCGCCGGCGGCGCGGCCGGCGCUCCCCCUUCCUCCCUCUCCUUCCCUCUCGCAGCAAUGGCGGCGACGGAGCAGGAGCAGUUCUACGCCCUCCUCGGCAACCUGCUCAGCCCGGACAAUGCCGUCCGCAAGCAGGCCGAGGAGACCUACGAGACUAUUCCAGGCCCAUCAAAGAUCACUUACCUCCUGCAGGCAAUCAGGAACAAUGCUACUCCCGAGGAGGCUCGGCAGAUGGCAGCUGUCCUUCUGCGCCGCCUGUUGUCAUCUGCGUUUGAAGAAGUUUAUCCAGCUUUGUCACCUGAGGAUCAGACGUCAGUCAAGAGUGAAUUGCUGCUCUUUAUUCAGUUAGAAGUGCAGUCCACUAUGAGAAAGAAAAUAUGUGACAUAGUCGCUGAAUUGGCCAGGAAUUUAAUAGAUGAAGAUGGCAACAACCAGUGGCCAGAAGUUCUGAAGUUCUUAUUUGACUCUGUCAGCUCUCAGAAUGUGGGACUGCGUGAGGCUGCUCUACAUAUUUUCUGGAAUUUUCCUGGGAUUUUUGGGAAUCAACAGCAACACUAUUUGGAUGUCAUUAAGAGAAUGUUGGUUCAGUGUAUGCAAGAUCAGGAGCAUCCCUCAAUCAAGACUUUGUCUGCUAGAGCUGCAGCUGCAUUUGUGCUUGCUAAUGAGCUCAAUGCUCCCCUUCUUAAACAUUUUGCAGACUUGCUACCUGGAAUCUUGCAGGCUCUAAAUGAUUCCUGCUACCAAAAUGAUGAUUCUGUUCUGAAAUCCCUUGUAGAAAUUGCAGAUUCUGUUCCUAAGUAUUUACGACCACAUUUAGAAGCUACUUUGCAGCUAACCCUGAAGUUGUGUGGAGAUGCCAGUCUCAGUAACAUGCAGCGUCAGUUGGCACUUGAAGUAAUUGUGGCCUUGUCAGAAACUGCUGCUGCUAUGCUGAGGAGGCAUACAAAUAUUAUUGCACAAGCCAUUCCUCAGAUGUUAGCAAUGAUGGUUGACUUGGAAGAAGAUGAAGAUUGGGCAAAUGCAGAUGAGCUUGCAGAUGAUGAUUUUGACAGCAAUGCAGUGGCUGGUGAGAGUGCACUGGACAGGAUGGCAUGUGGCCUUGGAGGGAAACUUGUUUUGCCUAUGAUUAAAGAACAUAUUAUGCAAAUGCUUCAGAAUCCUGACUGGAAGUACAGGCACGCUGGCUUGAUGGCACUCUCUGCCAUCGGAGAAGGUUGCCACCAACAGAUGGAGGGAAUUUUAAAUGAAAUAGUUAAUUUCGUUUUGCUAUUCCUUCAGGAUCCUCAUCCCAGAGUAAGAUACGCCGCUUGUAACGCUGUUGGACAAAUGGCAACUGACUUUGCACCUGGGUUUCAAAAGAAAUUUCAUGAGAAGGUGAUAGGAGCUCUUCUUCAAACCAUGGAGGAUCAAGGCAGCCAGCGUGUUCAAGCCCAUGCAGCUGCAGCACUCAUAAACUUCACUGAAGAUUGUCCCAAGUCACUGCUUAUUCCGUAUUUGGAUAAUCUAGUGAAGCAUCUUCAUUCCAUUAUGGUGAUAAAAUUACAAGAGUUGAUACAGAAAGGCACUAAGCUAGUUCUGGAGCAAGUUGUGACUUCAAUUGCAUCAGUUGCAGAUACGGUGGAGGAGAAGUUUGUUCCCUACUAUGAUUUAUUUAUGCCCUCCUUAAAACACAUUGUUGAAAAUGCUGUUCAGAAGGAAUUAAGACUUUUACGAGGAAAGACUAUUGAAUGCAUCAGUCUAAUUGGUCUUGCUGUUGGCAAAGAAAAGUUUAUGCAGGAUGCAUCAGAUGUAAUGCAGCUGUUAUUGAAGACACAAACAGACUUCAGUGAUCUAGAAGAUGAUGAUCCACAGAUUUCUUACAUGAUCUCUGCAUGGGCCAGAAUGUGUAAAAUUCUUGGAAAGGAAUUUCAGCAGUAUCUUCCUGUUGUCAUGGGACCUUUAAUGAAGACUGCAUCCAUUAAACCUGAAGUAGCUCUUUUAGACACACAAGAUAUGGAGAACAUGAGCGAUGAUGAUGGUUGGGAAUUUGUAAGCAUAGGUGAUCAGCAGAGUUUUGGAAUUAAAACUGCAGGCCUUGAAGAAAAAGCAACCGCAUGCCAAAUGCUGGUUUGCUAUGCAAAAGAGCUAAAAGAAGGAUUUGUGGAAUACACAGAGCAAGUUGUAAAGCUGAUGGUUCCAUUGUUGAAGUUCUAUUUCCAUGAUGGUGUCCGAGUGGCAGCCGCAGAGUCGAUGCCCCUCCUUCUUGAAUGUGCCCGGGUUCGUGGGCCGGAGUACCUGACGCAGAUGUGGCACUUCAUGUGUGAUGCUCUCAUCAAAGCCAUUGGGACAGAGCCAGAGUCUGAUGUCCUCUCAGAAAUAAUGCAUUCUUUUGCAAAGUGCAUUGAGGUAAUGGGAGAUGGAUGCCUUAACAACGAACACUUUGAAGAACUUGGAGGAAUACUGAAAGAAAAACUAGAAGAGCACUUUAAAAAUCAAGAAUUAAGACAGGUGAAAAGACAAGAUGAAGACUAUGAUGAGCAAGUUGAAGAGUCAUUACAAGAUGAAGAUGACAGUGAUGUUUAUAUUUUGACUAAAGUAUCAGAUAUUUUGCACUCAAUAUUCAGUAGUUACAAGGAGAAGGUACUGCCAUGGUUUGAAAGGUUGCUUCCACUAAUUGUCAACCUAAUUUGUCCGCACCGGCCGUGGCCGGACCGGCAGUGGGGGCUGUGCAUUUUUGACGACGUGGUGGAGCACUGCAGCCCCGCCUCCUUCAAGUACGCCGAGUACUUCCUGCGGCCCAUGCUGGAGGCGGUGUGUGACAGCAGCCCCGAGGUGCGGCAGGCGGCUGCCUACGGAGUGGGAGUGAUAGCGCAGUUCGGCGGGGACAGCUACCGGCCCGUCUGCCCAGAGGCGCUUCCAUUGCUGGUGAGAGUCAUUCAGUCACCAGAUGCCAAAGCCAAAGAGAAUGUCAAUGCAACAGAAAACUGCAUUUCAGCAAUAGGAAAGAUAAUGAAGUUCAAACCUGACUGUAUAAAUGUUGAAGAAGUCCUUCCACACUGGUUAUCAUGGCUUCCACUUCAUGAAGACAAAGAAGAAGCUGUUCAUACUUUCAAUUAUCUGUGUGACUUACUUGAGAGCAAUAACCCAAUUGUCCUCGGUCCCAACAAUUCCAACCUUCCCAGAAUACUUGGUAUAAUUGCGGAUGGUGAAAUCCACGAAGCUAUCAAACAUGAAGAUCCAUGUACCAAGCGGCUGGCUAAUGUUGUUCGCCAAGUGCAGACAUCUGGAGGACUGUGGACAGAAUGCAUAUCACAGCUCAAUGCAGAUCAACAGGCAGCCAUACAGGAGCUCCUGAACUCUGCUUGAAGGGCCUUAAUUAUCAUCUGCAAGAAAACUAACUCCAAAUAAACGUUUACCCUAUUGUUUAGGUUUCUUUUGUUUCUUUUCUGAGUAAAACCAGAACUGUAGUGCGUGUAGGCCAUUCUUCUGCAACCUCCAGGCAGUGGCAGCAGGAAGAAGCAUUCUUUCAGAACGGUGUUUAAAUCAGUUUCUAUCCCACAACAUGAAAGAAGUUUCCUGUAAACCCUACAAUAGCACUGAAGAGUAUUUUUCUAACGGUAUCAGCCAUCCAUACGAUGGUGAAAGGGAAACAAGUUGAAUUUUCUCAUUAGACAUAAGACCUUCAGCAGUAGAUGUACGUUAUAACAGAUAAACCUUUCUACAUCUAGUGUUAAUUGUAUGAAUUGGAGUGUGAGUCUUUGUAGGGUAGAAAGUGUCCUUCUGCCCAACAAGGUAGUAGAUCAAAAGAUGAAAAACUGAAGACAAACAUCGAGCAUGAAGACCUCAUUGAUCGCACUUUCGAUUCCCAAAAACAACUUGUACAGUGACUCAAUGAGGAAAGCUGUUCAGCUUCCAGCCCUUGAAUGUGAAGUCUCUUUGGCAUGUCUGACAGUAUCUCAUUCACUCCUCAAUAAAUGACAUUGAAACACAAGAAGCUUGUGUAGAAGUUCAGUGAUGUGUGGUUCUUUUAAUUUUCUCUUGUGAAAAGAUGAAAAUAACAAACUAUACAAGUCACAGUUUUAUAUAUGAAACUUUGUAUAUUGUUGCCUAUUACAGAUUUUAUGCUUUUUUGUUUCUUGACUUUUUAACAAAUUUUUCACCUGAGUGUGUAGAAUGGAAACUUAAUGGCAUUCCUUGUGUGACAGUAAAUAUACAUAUCUUGACUUUAAAAUGUUUUUCAUGUUCAGAUGCAGUUGCAUUUCUUAACUUAUAAAAUGUAGUGUUGUACCAGCUGCAAAUGUGCAACGUGAUCUGGUAGGCAGCAAACCUGUUGUAGUAGCCUGUGUUUUGUUUAAAGCAAUCAUGCAGUUGACAGCCUAACCUGAAAGAAUCAAAAAAACCUGCUCAGGUCUUUUCUGGUACUUUGAGAGCAAUACAUCAUCUACCAGCAAACACAGGCACAGAGUAUCUGAUUUCUGACAAAGGUGAGUGAGGUUUUCCCACUCUGUUACUUAAAGCUGUUAAUAUAUGCAUUGAUCUUUAAAAACUUAAGUUCUUACUGAAGUGUUCUUCAAGAAGAUCUCAAUUGUCUCUUGAAACAGAUCUUUUCACAAAGAGAGUAUAAGUUUUCUUCCUUUAUAAUAAGAAAAGGCAGAACUUUACAUGUAAUGAAUGCCUCUUAUACUAAAGAAUAAACUUAGUUUUGCCUUUGAAAGUGUUUCAGAAAAGAAGAUAAAGAAUGAGGUGUACCAAAACCAGCCCAGGACCACUGUACCCAAAGGUUUGUGAGACAAACUGCCUUAACCGUAGAACUUGACAAUGUAGUUUGUUUAGAGGCAGCUGAAAUAGUGCAACAAAGUGCUGUUCCAGUUUUCAUUUCGUUCAGUAUUGGUAAUCUCUUAUUUACAGAAAUUCAAGCAUUCAUGCAUCUGGAAGAUGGAUGCUAAGGACUGGAUACAGUACUGUGAGAGAACUAGUAAGUCAUGUCAGUUAUCUCAAGUGCUGGUCCUAACAAUAACAAUUUUGCUAUACUCUACCCAUCAUCUUUCUUCUUUGUGGGGUUUGUUUUUUUAGGUAUUUGUUAUUUCAAUUUCCCCUCAGUUUAAAACAUGUAAAUUUUGCCCUGCAGAAAACUUUUUGUACUUUUUCUCAGAUCUUAAAGCUUAGAUUUUUUUUCCCUUUCUUUGGACUGUGUGGUGAGAAUUGUAGCACAUUUGGCAUUUCCCAGAAAGAGUGUCAGCUUUGGCUCUCUGUAACAUACGCAGCAUUUGAAUUGCUCUCCUAAUGGACCAGCUGUAAUCCUCUUACCUUCUUUUAGUCAAAGAAACUGAGAACAAAUAGAACCAGGAGAAGGGGUUGCUCUGUGUGCUAGAGCCAGCACAGAGCAUCUUUGUGCAGUUGCUUUUACCCUGUUAAUCGUUUGAUCAAAGCAAAGGGCACUGAGUGAAUUGCUGUCAGCCUGACAGGUAGGUUGGUUCCAGGUCUACCUGGAGAUCUUUUCUUGCCUGUCCCCACUGAAUUUGUCAGGGUUAAUCCAAAAGCUUCUGUGGCAUUUUCUCAAUCUGUACAAGCUUUAAAAACUACGCUCCCUUCCCACCUAUUUAAAAGCUGUCUGGAUCACUUAUAUUGGCUUUUCUUAUUCCUUAAUAUUGAAUUUUUAAGCAGUCAACUGUUCCUGUUCUUCAUUGCACUUAAGUACUGUUGCCCAAAGAAGGUAUAGUAGUAGAAUGGUAGCUUUAGCUGCAGCUAUCUAUUUUAAAAAUAAAGUGAUAUCUUUAUGAAGGAGCCAAAGUAAUCUUAAACUGUGGUACUGAUAUGAGAAAGGUAGUUUUGAUUCAACCAUUUUUCCUGGGUAUAAUUCCAAUCUUGCUUUAACAAACUGCUCAGCUAUUGCGUGGGUUGAGAGAAGUACCUAGUGUGGCGUGAAGAGCACUGCAAACAAUAGCAGUGUUUCACUGUGCCUGAUCAAAGAGGUACCAAUUCCCACCUAGACAUCCACACAAAAGUGCUCAACAUUGCGCUCAGUAACAAAAGCACAGCCAGAGAACACCAUGCAGGUGUUCCAGGACUGGAGUUCCAUUAGCCUGUUUAAUGAGCAUAUGAGUAACUAGCAUUCAUGAGCACUGCUUUCAAAAGCAGCUCAUCUCCCUGAAGUGUGGGUGAGUUCCCAGCUAAACUCUCACCUGUUCUUAUUCUGAAGGUGAAGCUACUUUGUGUUUGCAGCUCUAGGUUGGUCAUGACAGAUAAUAAUGCAGAUGAAUGUCAAGUCUCCUUUACCUGGCUUUGUCUACAAGAUCCCCCAGGGAAUCUGUGCCAAAUCUAUGUAAGAAAGUGACUUGUAGCCUUCGUGCUUACAACAUGGGGUUUGUGUACCGCUGAGGUAUUCUGUCAUUGCUUUUUUCCCUGCAGAGAUUUCCAAGUGUUGCUGAGUGCUGAGUGCAAGGGCUGGUGUUCCCCAGCAUAGAACAGUUGUUGUUAUGCCAAAUGUUGUCUGUUCUCUACACAUCUAGAUCUGUCAGUCUCAUGUAUGAAGUACAUGCAUGAGAGUUAAGACGUGUUGCACAGUUGGAAUUUUUGAUGAAAUAAAGAAUUGAGGAAGGUGAAUUUCCUAUUGA